GCAGAUCGAGUUGCAGAAAAAACAAGCUAGGAAAUUUCAUCAACAACCUUGAAUCGAAUGGAUCAUCUUCAUCAUCGCUUUGGUGAUCAAGAUGGCCCUAAAAAGCCGAAAGUCACGGUGGUGAUAGUGCCCUUUCCGGCACAAGGUCACCUCAAUCAGCUCUUACACUUCUCCCGGCUAAUAUCAGGCUACGGGAUUCCGGUACACUACGCUGGCUCAGCAACCCACAACCGCCAAGCAAGGCAGCGUAUUCAUGGCUGGAACCCUCUCACAAUCUCCAACCUCCACUUCCAUGACUUCCCCAUGCCACCAUUCCCCACACCUCCGCCCAAUCCAGAUGCCCCCAUCAAGUUCCCCAGCCACCUCCAGCCGUCGUUCAACGCCUCCUUGCACCUCCGUGAGCCCGUCGCCGCACUCCUUCGUUCGCUUUCACGUACCACACACAGACUCGUUGUUGUUCAUGAUACACUCACAGCAUUUGCUGUGCAAGAUGUGGCUACCCUCCCUAAUGGUGAGGCCUAUGCCUUCCACAGCGCAUCGGCCUUUGCUCUCGUCUACUACUUAUGGGAGUCUCGUGGACGACCUUCGAAUGGAGGGAUUGUUCUUCCAAAUGAGCUACCCUACAUCUCACUGGAAGGCUGCUUCACCACCGAGUUCGCGAAUUUUAUCACUCGUCAAUAUGAUAUAAUGAAUUUCGACGCUGGUGAUAUCUACAACACAUGCCGGCCAGUCGAAGGUAGGUUCUUGGAUCUACUGAUUAAAGAGCAGCUUAAUCGAGAUAAGAGACUAUGGGCAGUCGGGCCCCUGAAUCCAAUGGCGCUCCGUUUGACCAGAGAAUCGCCUCAUCGUCAACACAAGUGUUUGCAGUGGCUAGACAAGCAACCAUUGCAAUCAGUACUGUAUGUUUCAUUUGGAACCAUGACAUCAUUACCGGACGAUCAGAUACUCGAGCUUGCAGUUGGGCUAGAACGUAGCAAGCAACGUUUUGUUUGGGUCUUGAGAGAAGCUGACAUAGGAGAUAUUUACGCAGGGGAGAAGUCCGGUAGGGAGAUACAACUUCCGAAGGGCUACGAGGAGAGGAUAGAAGGGGUGGGAGUGGGAUUAAUUGUAAGGGACUGGGCUCCACAGCUGGAGAUACUAGCCCACCCGUCGACAGCCGGAUUCUUGAGUCACUGUGGCUGGAAUUCAUGCAUGGAAAGCAUCAGCUUGGGCGUGCCGGUUGCAGCUUGGCCGAUGCACUCCGACCAGCCAAGGAACACCAUGCUCGUAACCCAAGUGCUGAAGGUGGGUCUCGUGGUCCAAGAAUGGGAUCGCCGGCAGGAAUUGGUUCCAUCUGUCACUGUCGAGAAUGCAGUCAAAAGAUUGAUGGCAUCAGAGGAAGGGAACAACAUGAGAAAGCGAGCUAAGGAAUUGAGUGGCUCCAUCCGUCGGUCGGUGGCUCAAGGUGGAAUUUCCUGUACCGAACUAGACUCCUUUGUUGCUCAUAUCUCUAGAUAGGUAACCUGUACCAGCAAAGUUUCACUGUCUCAGGUCUGAGAGGAUGGGAAAUGGAGGCGUUAAGGUCUUGUUUUAUUUGCAAUUCUUCCUUAAAUAUAGCGAAGAUAAAUUCUUGAAAUGGGUAACAUGUACUGUACUAGGAAUCUCUCUCCCCUUCCGUCUAGCCAAUAAAUUAAUUAAUCUCCAAAGAAAAACUCUCCCGGACGGAACGCUACUGUAGCCAUGUUAAUCUUGUCGAGAAGAAGAGGAGGGAUGAUUUGUUAUCGUACCAUUUGAAUCUCAAGAGAAAGAGAGAGAGACAGAGAGAGAUGGAACGGUAACUUUCUUUGUCUUUUGGACGGGAGAGAAAUUUAGCGGUCCACGUUUGGCAGCCUACG